AUACGUAUCAUCGGUGCUUACGCCGGAGACACAGGAGACGUCGUCAUUGACGGAGUGGAUGAUGUCGAAUGUGCAAAGACCAUGCUGGAGAAAAUGGAGUACUUCAGGGACAGACGCGACGAUAUCCGCCAGCUCCUCUUAUAUGAGCCGCGAGGGCGGCCAACAAUGUUUGUUAAUGUCGUUCUCAAGCCGUGUCAAAACGCACACAAAGGCCUUGUGAUCAUGGGUUCUCAGACGUAUCCACAUAUGUCUGGUUCCAAUGUCAUUUGUGUGGUGACUGUCCUGAUUCAAAAAGAGAUAAUUCAGGUUGAAACUAAUCCUCAACCUGUGGUUCUUGAUACGCCGGCGGGAUUGGUCAGAACUUUGGCCCAUAUUGACAACGGGAAAUGCGUCAGCGUAUCUUUUGAGAACGUUCCCGCCUUUUCAUUCGGUAGUUGGAAAAUUGGCUUCCGCGAUGAGCUGGUGACUGUUGACAUCGCAUAUGGGGGCGUCAUCUUUGCUAUGGUUCCUGCCAAAGACGUGGGCGCAAUUUUAGAUGACAGCCAUACCCGCGAGCUUCUGCAAAUAGGUGCUGGAAUUAAAAAGGCAAUAGAAAAGGCGAUAAGCAGAAAGCAUAUUCCAGAACCUGUGCACCCCGACGCUGACAAGUGCAUCCGAGGUAUCGGUGCUGUCAUGAUAUAUGAUGAAAAUCGCACACAGGGGCCCUACACCACAAAAUGCAUUACUGCAUCUAUCCUGCCUCCUGGGCGAAUCGACCGAAGUCCGGCAGGCACGGGUACUUCGGCGCUCAUGGCUUCACUAGCACAGAAGGGCAAGUUAGGCGAGAAUUUUGAGAAUCAAUGUUACUUAGGGACGACAUUCAAGGGCUUUCUUACUCCUGGUAAGAAGGACAUUCCAGUUGGGGGUUAUAAUGCCAUACACACGACAAUUUCAGGAAGGGCAUUUCUAACCGGGGAAAGAACGGCUUAUGUUGACCGCUAUGAUCCCAAUCCUCAUGGGUUUAAGGUUGGCGACAUAUGG